AUGGUUAUUGCCGCUCAGAUAACUUCCACUGCUGCUGCAAGCGCGUCUUGCGUAUCCUCUUUGCUCCAGUCCGGAGUUAAGCAGAAUCUUAAGAACAGCGUCGCGUUCUUGUCAUCAGGAGCGAAGCUGCUCGAAUUUUCUCGCACAGGCCAUCUGUCCAGGCUGCCAGCGAAGCUCGACCGAAGCCAGAUCUCAGUCCGAGCCAGCUCAAACUCCCCCAAGCCUACCAUGGCCGCCACUGCCACCGCGACCAAGGCGCUCAUCAGCGAAUCUGCUGCAUGGAGCGACCUCAAGGCGCACAAGGAGGCGAUCGACCAGACCCACCUGCGGGAUCUGCUCAAGGACGAGGCUCGCUGCGCUACCAUGAUCAAGGAGUACGAUGGCAUCCUGGUUGAUUUCUCCAGGCAGAGGGCCACCACUGAGACCCUCCCAAAGCUGCUGGCUCUUGCCGAGGAGGCGAAGCUGAAGGAGAAGAUCGAUGCCAUGUUCAACGGCGAGCACGUGAUGCUCCCCCUCUUUCUCCCCACUCCCCUCGUAUCACUUCCACUGAGCUCUGCGCUGUCAUUUCUGAAUUACAAGCCUUAUCCAAGUUCAACCUCCCUUUCCUUUUGUCCCAUCGCCCCACUCCCCUCCCUCCACUCUCUCUCUCCCCACUCCUCUCGUAUCACCUCCACUGAGUUCCACGCUGUCCUUUCAGACUUCAAAGUUAUCAACUCCACGGAAAACCGCGCUGUCCUGCAUGUGGCACUCCGCGCUCCCCGUGACGCUACUAUCAAUGUGGACGGCAAGAACGUGGUCCCUGGUGUGUGGGAGGUGCUGGACAAGAUCAAGGCGUUCACAGACACUGUUCGGUCCGGCAAAUGGCUAGGCGCCACUGGCAAGCCUCUGACUGACGUGGUCGCCAUUGGCAUCGGAGGAAGCUUCCUGGGUCCUCUCUUUGUCCACACAGCUCUUCAAACAGACCCGAGCUCUGCCAAGGCAGCAGACGGCCGCAGCUUGCGAUUCCUCUCUAACGUUGACCCUAUUGAUGUCGCAACCGCCCUCCACGGCCUCGACCAGGAAACCACCCUCGUGGUGGUGGUGUCUAAGACGUUCACCACAGCAGAGACCAUGCUCAACGCACGCACAGUGCGCACAUGGAUCACAUCGGCCCUGGGCGAGGACGCAGUGGCAAAGCACAUGGUAGCAGUCAGCACAAACCUCAAGCUCGUUAAGGAGUUUGGCAUCGACCCUGCUAACGCCUUUGCCUUCUGGGACUGGGUUGGCGGCCGCUACAGUGUCAUCAGCACCAUCGCUGCUCUCCCUUUUCCCCCGUUCCCUCUCUCCAUCUCUCGUCCUUCAGACCUGCCCUUAACGCCGCCUCUUGCUGUGUCCCUCGCUCUCAAUCCCCUCAACAUCUGUCACAUCCCUUCUGCCCUCCCACCUCCUGCCCACUUCCCUGCAACAUCCCCUCAUUAUUUUUCCCUUCCAUUCUCCCACCUCCUCUGCGCUGCACCUCUCUAUGUGAUGAGUCUACAUUUGAGUCGACUCAAAAAUAGACUCUCUGCAACCUUCCCUCCCCCUUUUCCCUUCCGUUCUCACACCUCCUCUGCACUGCACCUCCCUUGCCCCGCCCCGAUUUCCGCCAGUUACCAGCGCUGUUGGUGUGCUGCCCCUCGCCCUGCAGUGCUUCUGGGCCUCAUCAGCAUCUGGAACGUUUCUUUCUUCGGCAACCCUGCCCGGGCCAUUCUUCCCUACUGCCAAGCUCUUCAGAAGCUGGCUCCUCACAUUCAGCAAGUGAGCAUGGAGAGCAACGGCAAGGGCGUGUCCAUCGACGGGGAGGUGCUGCCUUACGAGUGUGGGGAGAUUGACUUUGGCGAGCCGGGCACCAACGGCCAGCACUCCUUCUAUCAGCUCAUUCACCAGGGGCGCGUGGUCCCGUGCGACUUCAUCGGCAUCAUCAAGAGCCAGCAGUCCGUGUACCUCAAGGGCGAGAUCGUGAGCAACCAUGAUGAGCUCAUGUGCAACUUCUUCGCUCAGGCUGAUGCCCUGGCCUACGGCAAGACCGGAGAGGAGUUGAAGGCUGAAGGAGUGCCGGACCACCUCAUUCCGCACAAGACCUUCACCCCAUGCCAUCGCAACAAUCCAUCGCUCAGAUCACACCCCAAGCCCUUGCCUCCCCUCCUUCAUUCUCUCCCUCCUUCUCCCUCUGUCCCCCCCCCCUUAACCCCCUGCCUCCAUACCACCUUCACUGGCAACAGGCCUUCUCUCAGCAUCCUCCUGCCAUCGCUCACACCCUACACAGUGGGACAGCUCCUAUCACUGUACGAGAACAGGGUGGCGGUGCAGGGCUUCGUGUGGGGCAUCAACUCGUUCGACCAAUGGGGCGUGGAGCUCGGCAAGGUGCUGGCCUCGCGAGUGCGCACUCAGAUGAACGCCUGCCGCACCAAGGGCCAGACGAUCGAGGGCUUCAACUACAGCACCACCAUGCUGCUCAACCGCUAUCUGGAGGGCAAGACUCAGCUGCUGUACCCCGAGCCAUACACCGUCUUCCCCCAAGGACUUGCUGACUGGGGAGGGGGUGAUGAAGCCCCUCAUUCCCCUAAACCUUUCCACGACCCUUGUCCCUCUUGUCUUGAACUCUUUUCCCCUCCCCUCCAACACCCCCCCUUCCCCGCCUUGCAGGGCAAGACUCAGCUGCUGUACCCCGAGCCAUACAAUGUCUUUCCCAAGGACUUGCUGACUGGGGAGGGGGUGAAGAAGCCUGUCACCCCUCCUUCAUCCCCUUAA